AUGCCCUUGACCGAAGCACUGCAGCAAAUCCCUGCUUAUGCAAAGCACAUGAAGCAAUUCCUCAAAGAGAAGAAAUAUAUAGAUGAGGAAAAAACUGAAGUUCAGGGUAAUUGCAGUGCCAUAUUGCAGAAGACACUACCUCCCAAAUUCAAAGAUCCGGGGAGUUUCACCAUCCCUUGCACCAUUGGGAAUCAUGAUAUAGGGAAGACUCUAGUUGACUUAGGAGCUAAUAUCAAUCUAAUGCCGUUAUUUAUGCUUAAGAAGAUUGGUGGUCUAGAGGUCAAACCUACAAAAGCAAUCUUGCAAAUGGCAGACAGGUCCAUUAAGCAUCCUUAUGGUGUGGUAGAAGAUGUGGUGGUGAAAAUUGAUAAACUCAAAUUUCUGGUGGACUUUGUAGUGAUGGAGAUGGAGGAGAAUGUGAGAUACCGCUCAUCCUUGGAAGGCCAUUCAUGA